CUACUAAGUUUGAAUUACCUUUCGAAAUAUCAACAAAUAACUCUGGUGAUAAAGAAUCAAAUCAACUUUCAAAUAUUUCAGAUAAACUUUAUCUCCCACAACUAAUAACAGCAAUUCUACUUAAUGAUAAUUUUUAA